CUAAAGACACAACUCUGCUUGGGAUUGGACAUAUCGGCCCUGAAGAGGAGGGGUCUAAUGUAGGCAGUGAAGCAGAAAACAUUGAGAUGAGCACUAUCUGGUAGAACUUGGUAGAAGAAUUAUCUCUGUCUAACAGGUCAUAGGAUAGAUUAAUUCAUUAUUAUACGAUUUAUUCAGGAUGAUCGCUAAUAAAACUGUCACAUUGGUUAAAAAGACACCAGCAGGUCAGUUAACAGGUGUUACGAUGGCUUUAUACGUAGCCCUGGUGUUGCUUGGGAUUUUGGGAAACGCCAUGGUGAUCUUGGUGGUAGGGGACAGUAUUAUUCGGGAGCGUGGAGGAGGACGCAACUCUGACAUGAUCCUGGUCAACAUGGCUUUAUCUAACCUGCUGGUGUCGGUAGUGAGGAACAUCCUGCUGGUCACCUCAGACUUUGGACUCGAGGUGUUACCUGGUAAGAACUGGUGUCAGUUCCUGAUGGGUGUGUGGGUCUGGCUGCGUUCAGUGAAUGUUUGGUCGACGCUUUUUCUCAGCGUGUUCCAUUUUUACACUUUGAAAAGGAUCGGUCCUCCGAUCGCUAGUCUAAACUCAUCCCGUGGUCCUCCUAAAGCCCUACUAAUGUGCUUCAGUCUCAUCUGGGGUCUUAAUCUGCUCUACUCGGUCCCUGCUUUUGUGUACUCUACAAAUGGAGGCAAGAACGCCACUGAGACAUUGAUGUUAGUGAGCAGUACAACACGUCCAUUACUGGGCUGCUUGUGGGAUUUUCCCUCCACUUACAGUGGGCUUGCAUUUGCCACAACAUCCAUGGUGAUCCAUGAGGUCAUCCCACUUUUCCUCAUGAGCAGCACCAACCUGGGCUCACUCCUCAUACUGUACGCACACGGGAACGCACACAACAUUGCCAGUAAGGAUCAAGACGCUCCUAUUCUACGCAGAGUGCCAGCUGAGAGGCGUGCAGCCAAGGUCAUUCUAGCCUUGAUCAUUUUGUUCAUCAUUUCCUGGGGUGCCAGUGUCAUCUCGGUGAACUACUUUAACUACAACCGUGGUGCCUCAUCUGCGCACAUGCUGAUUCUUGCACGUUUCUCCAACAGUGCCUUCAUCGCCUUCUCCCCCGUCAUACUGGCUGUGGGUCACCGCAAACUCAGAGAGUUCAUAAAGUCUAUCGUGAAGUAAAGACAGAAAGAUUACAGUGCAUCUAAGCAAGUCUAAAAGCAUGUCUGUACAUCAGUUUAUUAUCCGACAGCCUUAAAAUAAAUUAAACAUUUUAAUGGAUCCAAUAAAC